UUUUUUUUCCCUUCUGCCAACCCAACUAAUCUCAUUUAUAUCUGUAUGGUGAAAUCCUUUUUCGAAGCUUAAUUUUUGUGGCUCUAAAUCAAGUGAAAAAAUUCAUUUUCAGAGUUAAAUCUGUUGUAAUUUUCUUCUGAAGGGGUCGGCUGGGGAUUUCGAAGUGUAGGGGGAAAAGAGGGUGUUUUUUCGGUGUUAGUAGGGUUUUUUGCUGGUUCUUUUGAGGGGGUGGCCGGGGCCUCGGCCUCGGCGGGUUUUAAAACCCCCAAUUGUUUGACAACUAUUGAAAUUCGAUAAAUAUUUUGAAAAUUUUUACUUUAGUUUUUCGAUUCGUUUCUUAGAUCGUCGCGGGUUUUUUUUUUCUCAAUGGGGAUGCCGACCUUGGCUUGCUGCGUAGAUGCUGCCGUAGCGCCUCCUGGAUACGCGGGUUUCAUUGCUGGGGACAGCUCCCUUGCCGUGGCGGUCCCAUUUUCUUCCUCCACCACCGCUACUGCCGCCUCUGAUGAUUCCAUUUCAACGAAUUGGUCCCCUGCUCAUUCCGCCGCUCUCUACCGUAUUGACAGCUGGGGGGCUCCUUAUUUCGCCGUCAAUGACUCCGGCAAUAUCACGGUCCGUCCGUACGGUGCGAGUACUUCGGCUCACCAAGGAAUCGAUUUGCUGAAAGUAGUUAAGAAAGUUUCGGAUCCGAAAUCGGCGGACGGACUCGGGUUACAGUUUCCCCUCAUUGUUCGGUUUCCCGAUGUCCUGAAAAACCGGCUCGAGUCCCUUCAAUCGGCUUUUGAAUUGGCCAUCCAAGCCCAAGGAUACGAGUCUCAUUACCAAGGCGUUUAUCCCGUGAAAUGUAACCAAGACCGGUUUGUUGUUGAAGACGUAGUCAAAUUCGGGUCGCCAUUCCGGUUUGGUUUGGAAGCCGGGUCGAAACCCGAACUCCUUCUUGCCAUGAACUGCCUUUGCAAAGGAAACCCAGAGGCUGUAUUGGUCUGCAAUGGCUUCAAAGAUGCCGAGUACAUUUCCCUUGCUUUGCUCGCAAGGAAGCUGGCGUUGAACACUGUGAUUGUGCUAGAGCAAGAAGAGGAGGUGAGAUUGGUUAUUGAUAUAAGCAGAAAGCUCUCUGUUCGUCCAGUGAUCGGCCUCCGGGCCAAGCUGAGAACGAAGCAUUCGGGUCAUUUUGGGUCCACUUCGGGUGAGAAAGGGAAGUUCGGGUUAACAACCAACCAGAUUUUGAGGGUUGUUAAAGAACUUCACGGUUCAGGGAUGUUAGAUUGUUUGCAAUUGUUGCACUUCCACAUUGGAUCCCAAAUCCCUUCCACUGCUUUGCUUCAAGAUGGUGUUGGCGAAGGGGCGCAGAUCUAUUCGGAAUUAGUCCGGCUUGGUGCCAACAUGAAGGUUAUUGACAUUGGAGGCGGCCUUGGAAUCGACUACGACGGGUCGAAAUCUGGUAAUUCUGAUCUCUCCGUAUCUUAUGGACUUGAGGAAUAUGCUUCAGCUGUUGUUAAUGCAAUUCGGGUUGUUUGUGAUCGUAAAUCUAUCAAGCAUCCUAUUAUCUGUAGUGAAAGUGGUAGAGCCAUUGUUUCUCAUCAUUCCAUUUUGAUAUUUGAGGCCAUGGGCGCCACUGCUCUGACGAUCCCCGCGAUGAACGAAAUUAACAUUCCGUUUGUUAUUGAGGGAUUGUCGGAGGAUGCUCGGGCUGACUAUUGGAAUUUGAGUGAUGCUGCAAUGAGACAUGAUAACGAGACAUGCCUGUUUUAUGCUGAUCAGUUGAAGCAAAGAUGUGUGGAACAGUUCAAAGAAGGGACUUUGGGGAUUGAACAACUUGGUGCUGUUGAUGGGUUAUUUGACUUGGUUUCGAAAAUGAUUGGUGGGUCUGAGCCAGCUAGGACUUAUCUAGUGAAUCUUUCGAUCUUCACUUCUAUCCCGGAUUUUUGGAGCAUUGGUCAGGUUUUUCCUAUAGUCCCUAUCCAUCGAUUGGAUGAAAGGCCGGUAGUGAAGAGUGUUUUGUCUGAUUUAACUUGUGACAGUGAUGGGAAGAUUGAUAAGUUCAUUGGAGGUGAAACAAGCUUGCCUUUACAUGAACUUGAUAGCGGUUGCGGCGGUGGUGUUUAUGGGCGGUACUAUUUGGGUAUGUUCUUGGGUGGGGCGUAUGAGGAGGCCCUCGGUGGAGUUCACAACCUCUUUGGUGGUCCGAGUGUUGUUACAGUGUUACAGAGCGAUGGUCCACAGAGCUUCGCUGUGACUCGGGCAAUGCCUGGCUCAUCAUGUGGGGACAUCCUCCGGGCAAAGCAGCACGAGCCUGAGCUCAUGUUCAACACCCUCAAGCACCGUGCUGAAGAAUUUUGCAGAUUUGAUGCAGGUGCUUUAUCUUCUAGUGUUGCUCACUCCUUGCACAACAUGCCUUAUCUCCAACUGGCGUCCUCUUGUUCGUUGACUGCCUUUAAUAACAGUGGUUUUUACUAUUGCAACCAGGAAGAUUACAACGAUGGUGCUUUGGUGGAGUCUGGGGCUAGUGAGGAUGAGCAGUGGUCUUACUGCGUCGCUUGAGGCAUCUUAUCACUACUUUCUAUAUUGCUCGGGUUAUCCGUUGUUUUAGUUUUUUAUUUUCAUUUCUCACUUUUAGUUGUUGAUUUCCUUCUUUAGUUUGCGAAAGAUGUUUAGUAGACAAGGUCUUUUGCAUUUUCAUUAUCAUAAUGAAGGAUUGGACCGGACUACACCAUCCUUGUUAUUGUUUCUUUGAUGUAGACUUCCUCAGUUCUAGCUUUUAAAGUUCUCGUGUUUGUUCUUA